CUUCUACUCCGAACCGUGAAUGAGCGCGAAUCAUCAAAAUCCGGACAGUGUAAACCACGUCUGAAGCUCCGCCACGUACAUCUCCACCGCCGGAUUGUUGUCAACGCCGCUGCGAGCAAGGUUGCAAAACUCCGCACGAUGGCCGGGGGCGGGGCGUCGAGGCAGAAGAGCUGCAACGCCUGCGUCCAGGGCAAGCGCAAGUGCGACAAGGCGCUACCCGCCUGUGGACGGUGCGCGGGAAUGGGGCUCGUCUGCCUCUACGGAGGCCGGCUCCCGUCUGCGCGCCCGUCCUCGUCGCCACCAGACGGGUCGAUGAUGACCCUGGACGACCACCUGGCAUACGACGAGACGACGCCAGUGUUGCCGGACACGCUCGACUUUGCCAUGGCUGAAGUGAUGCCAGUUGAUUGCACGGCGGAGCCAGGCUUCUCGACGACAGAGAACGGCUUCGAGGCUUUUCUGGAGAGCAUCAUCGCCCCACAACCACAGUUUACAGCUCCGUCUGAUCAGCUGGAGUGGGUGAUCCAGGACAGCCCAUCGCCGACGCCGAUACUGAGGAAAGAGGACUACCCCAAGUUUGGUUCGCUUUGCGACGCGUAUCAACCGUGGCAUCUUGCCGAUUCAAACACGAGAGUCUCCUUUGUCGUCUCAGUCGUCAAGUCCUUUUGUCCCAGCUUCGCCCAAAAUAGCUGCACCCCGUUCCUGCACAAGGAGCUGUACCAGAGCUUCAUGCCGGGCUGUGUGCUCAAGGCCUGGACGACAUGCUCACAAUACACCAACGGGACUGCGACGAACCGCGGCAUGGUCCUGCGAGUCCUGCACGAGAACGUGGCGGACCUACACGAGACCGCAGACAGCAGGAACGUGAUGACCUCCAUGGAGAGGCUGGGACGGCUGCACGCUCUCAUCUUCUAUCAGGUCAUUAGGAUGUUUGACGGUGACAUCACGCUCGGGAGCGACGCCGCCGGGGAUAUGACGGUGCUUGAGGCGUGGGCUACCGACCUGCUCAAGCUAAGAGACAACCUCGACGGACUAGCUCGAUUGCCACAGGACAUGAGACGCGAAAGGCCACCGGAGACUUGGCAGCGGUGGGUAUUUGCCGAGUGUGUGCGGCGGACCUGCUUGAUGGCGUUCAUGAUUGUUACGCUCUGGAAGCUCUUAACAAAACAAUCCCCUGCCCGUGGUCCUAUGGGGAUUUGGGCAUACGAGCAUCGAUGGACACUAUCAAGGCACCUCUGGGAUGCUCCGGGCUCUUUUGAAUUCUGCAAGGCCUGGAAUGAGAAGCCAUUCUUUUACAUAUCCGGCUUCGGGUUCCGAGAGUUUCUGGAAUGCGGCAGACCAGACGACGUGGAUUCAUUUGCACGCAUUCUUUUAACAGUAACUCUUGGCAUUGAUGAGAUGAAGACAUUCGAGUCGGAGCCGGAGGGACAAUUGGGCAGUAAUCGGCAAGACCUGCUCACUGGAAAUUGAGCUCCACAUGGCGGGGCAGGUAGUGGCAUCUAGAGAGAGCUGCCCUAGGGAGUUGAAUAAUCUAGCCAGCAGGGCCUGAAUGAAGGCUCCUUAACCCAAAAAUUGAUUCGAGUAUUUUGGCAGAUCACCCUGUCGACUGACCGAAAUGUAUCCCGCUGCA